CAGGAAGAGGGACGGCUGGGCGUGGGUCGGCCACCUGGAGGGCGAGCUGGAGAAGCACAAGGGCCGGGCCAAGGCGUGCCGCAGGACCGCUCCACUGACCCCUCCAACCGCCCGACGGGCGAGCGGCGCGGGCAGCGCAGCGCGAGUACGGGCGCGCAAGGACCGAGGAGGAGUGAGGGCCAGCCGCCCCGGCUGGCAGGGCGCGGAGUGCGCCGCGCCCGCGGCGAAGAGGAGCGCCGCGCGGACUCCGCCGCGCGGGCCCGGAGGUCCGCGCCGACGGCGUGCGCAGCAUCAGGGCGCCAGAGACGGGGGCGACUAAACCCCCGUUCACGACGUCCCGACAGCAAUCUUCGGAGAUCCGCGCGGACUCGUUACAGUGGAGACCUAUGCCAAGA